AUGAAAAAUCUAAGCUAUGGAAGAAAUGAAGUUUUGCAUUUGGAGCCAAAAAGACCUUAUCGAUAUAAUGAUAGAUUAAAGAGGAAAGAGUCUAGAGAAAGGACGGUCCCAAAGGAAGUAAAAAUGUGUGUGGAGUCAUUUGAGGACACUAAUACGGAGAGCACUCAUACAAGGCAGCCAACUAUGAUUAUCAAUAAUCUCAGCCAAAGCCAGAGGUUUAUAUCAGCACUCAGCAAUGUUCCGAGUGAUGGGCUGCUAAAAUUGGAAACUUCGUUGGACUUCUGGGAUUAUGGAGUCGGGAGUUUAGAUUUAAACUUUGAAUACGAUUCUGAUGAAUUUCUAAUUCCCCACUCCAUGAGCCGCUUACAGAGAGGGCAAAUAUUAUUUUUAAAAAAAUUAUUUAAAAAUUAUAUAGUAAGUCAUUUGUUUCAAUUCACAAAAAUUAGAAGCAAAUAUUUAUUUAAUUUGUAAAAUUUAUGUUUUAAAAUGCAGUUUGUUCAAAUUUAAAGAAUUAGCUAGAGAUUUCAUUAUACUAAUUAUCACUUAUAUAUCAAAUUUUGUUUCAUAAAAUAUUUUUAUAUUAAAACAAUUUUUCUUCGUUUAAGAAGGGUGGAUUUUUGGGCAUACAAUAUCAAUUUUUCCAAUGGGUUUUUUUUUUUUUGUUCACAGAAGGCAGGGGUGAGUGAUAUUUCACGCUUUGAAGAUGCUGAAAAUACCCAAGAGCCUUUAAAGUCAUUUACUCAAGACAGUACAAAAAAUUCUAUAAAACAGUCAUUAGUAGUAGAAAGCAAAAGCUACAUAACACAUAAAACGGGCAAAAAGACAAAAAUUCUCGGAAAAUUAAAAGAAUCUACCAAUGCAAAACCUACCUUAAGCACUCAUGAAAAUGAGCCCGAUUCAUAUCGAGAAAAAAAUUAUUAUUAUGGAAAACAAUCUGGAUCCCCUCAGAGUGAUUUUAUAAACUAUAUAACUUCCAAAGCAUAUUGUCCUAAAUGUCAAUGUGAAGUCUCAACUACUGUAAAAUUUAAAUUUCCCUCAAUGACAUUGUAAUUUUUAUUUAGCUGGCAAAAAUUGUGCUGCAGAACUUGCUAUGGAAGUGGUGAUUUCAAAGAAAUUCUUUAUCACUGUAAAAAAUGUAAGACUCUCAUAACAAAAAUUAAAAGAAGCAAGAAAUAG